AUGGUGGAAACAUCAUAUUAUUUACUCUACUUUACUUUUAUUUUCUCUUUGAUUUUUGUCUUGUUAAUAGAUGGAGGUGGUGACGAUGCAUCCAAUCCUGGUGUCACUCAGGCUGAAAUUAACAACGACGUAGCGCCAGACCCAACCAAGGCGGGUGGCCAACCCGUCGCCAGGGUAACCGCAUCUGGUGAUGGAGACGCCAGAGCCGCUGGUACCCCUUCCAAGUUUAAAGGUGCUAAGGUUUUACCCGGUGUGCAUCCAAAAGGAAAGAGUUCACCAUCGUUACCAACAAAGAAAGGCAAACCAAUGAUUAAAACGCCAGAUAAUAAAGCCAAAGGAACACCGCCUGCUGUACGAGGCCGAGGGCCUAAAAACGCACCAGCCGUCGCUCCAAAGAAGCUCAACUUUGACACAGGAGCAGAAAGCAUUCCAUCCCGGUGUAAUGGGGACAUAUCGCACGACAGUAGUUCAACUAGCGACUAUGAUAACAACGCCAGGCAGGAUGAUGAUGAUGAUAGUGAUAUCGAGGAGGAGUACUGCACUUCUCUCGCAGCCAAAGUUAAGAGGAAUAACUCACUUGCCAUCAAGCUUGAAAACAGACCGAGUCGUAAGCAUCUAGAAGAGAGAAACAUCAUCCCAAGAAAAUCGGAUGAUGACAAGAAGAUGGACAAAGAUAAGAUUGGUGCUGCACUAGUACGGAGGCUGAGUCAAAGACCAACACAAGAAGAGCUCGAACAAAGAAAUAUUUACAGAGAACAAUCACAAAUUGAUGCAGCCAAAGCCGAGAGGGAGGAGAAAAAGAGGACACUCACAAGAAAGUUGAGCUUACGACCAACGGUAGAUGAGCUUAGGAAACGUAAUAUCAUCAACUUCAACGAGUAUGUAGAAGUGAUAGAAGCAGUAGAUUACGAUAGGAAAGCAGAUAAGCCAUGGACGAGGUUAACGCCGCAAGACAAGGCCUACAUUCGUAAGGAGCUGAACGACUUCAAGAGUACUGAGAUGAACGUACAUGAAGAUAGUAAAAAAUUCACCAGGUUUCAUAGACCUUAGCCCCUUGAUCAAGAACAGACUCAUACAUGUAUGUGUGUCAUUGAACUGUACAAGGUAUGACACCAUUCAUGAUUGGACCAUAAUGUGAUGCCUCGGGGCUAUAGUACACUACCUGUGAUUGGUCCCAUAAGCAUCCUCGGGCUUUAGUACACGACGUGUGAUUGGUACAGUGUGGGAGCAGCAGUUGCAACUCAAAAACAAGCAGGGAUAAACUCAAAUGGCUUCUGAUCGGAUAAAAGCCCUGCUUGAAUUGAGAUGCCUUCUACAAUGUCGUCUGUGAUUGGUUGAAGUGAGGAUUAUAACGAUGAUGCCAUUGGAUCAGACCAAGUAUUUGUUUUUAUGCGUGUGGGGUUUAUUUGCGCGUUUAUGCAUUGUGUGUGAGAUCGGGAGAGACCAACAAACAUUUUAUGAGACAUUUGCCGAGUCCUCAAAGCCGUGGAAGCAGAGACAGUCGCAGAUUGAACAAAGAAUUGGAUGCUCGCCAGCGAUGAGAUGGAAUGUACAAAUUUGAUGGAAAAAAAAAAUGUGUGUAAAAUGUUUUUAAUCCAGUGCUGAAU